AUGGCGAAUCCUCACAAUACCAGCACCCAACCCACACCCCAACAACAGUUUCAGAUGGCACAAAUACCCCUGGCUGCAUUUUUUGAGAAUAAUGAGAAUAAAACAAUGAUAAAUUCGAUGAAUCAUCGGUUAAAUGACAUGGAUCUAAAAUUGAGUCUUAUAUUAGAGCUACUGGCGACAAGGCUGCCAGAUCAGAGGAUACCCUCAAUUUUCACAUCUCCUCCACAGACGGUCAUUUCGGAAGCACCACCUCAGUCGUUUACACCAAGUGCAACCAAUUCCACGUCGGAUAAAACGAGCUCAUUGAAGACCGAACUGAAAACUGAAGACUCCGACGGUGACUUGGAUAUGGAGGGAGAAGAAGACACCGAGGAGCUUUUCGAGAAUGAGAGCCAACCAAGUCAAAGAAAUCAGUCACCAAAGGAAACCGAGGUAGAGGAUGAGAAGGUUCUUGUCGAUGGUCCAUUCCCAGAGGGAGCCGUGAAGAGAGCCGCCGAAAAGGCCGCCAGAAGUUUCCAAAGCACCCAACCAAAGGUCUUCGCUUGGCAAAUUCUCCGCGAGUCGGUCACCGACGAUGAGCUCCGAAACGUUCAAAUCUCACUCCGCACGUUCCACGGAGAAACUGCCGACCAUUUAUUGGGACGUCAGCUGCCCAAGAUCCGUCUUGUUGUCGAGGCCACCAUGAAAUAUUUCAAAUGGGAUUUGCUAUCAACUGAGAGUCAGCUGAGCAAGGCCAAGCUUAUUCUGAGUCAUUUGAAGAAUAACGCCAAGGUUCGCAACUGGACACUUCGUGAGGGACGCCCAAAUAGAGUUGCCCCAGCUACUCCACCAGUCAACGUUGACAUGGUCUGGAAGAGAUAUUUGGCUCUCCUCGGCCCAGCCGGAUUUGCCGCCGGAAUUCUACCAAAUUUGCCUCAAAACUUGUGCAAUGGAGGAACUCAGAGCCCAUCUAUGGCUACUAUUGAUCCUAGCCUUUUCAAAGUUGAAUCUUAA